CGAAUACUGUUAGGGGUAACUUAAUUGUAAAUAAACACAAUGGCGGCGCACGAAAGUAGUGCGAAUGAGUCCUCAAACACUUGUCAACCUGUCAAAACAACUCCAAAAGAUGCACUUGUAAUGGCAGCAAUACUGAAAGAGCUUGGCGUUACCGAAUAUGAACCCCGAAUAAUUAAUCAAAUGAUCGAGUUUGCUUACCGUUAUGUGACAGACAUUGUUGAAGAUGCUAGAGUUUAUUCGCUUCAUGCAAGUCGCAAAACUAUAAACUUAGAAGAUAUUAAGUUAGCUGUCUCACAGAAGCUUGAUCACUCUUUUACAUCUCCACCGCCCAGAGAGUUUCUUUUGGAGAUUGCCAGAACGAAAAAUUCACAACCUUUACCUUUGAUAUCUGAUAGAAGUGGACUUCGACUACCCCCUGAACGUUAUUGCUUAACUUCGAGCAACUACAGGGUCAAAACAGUAAAGAAGGCACCCCCUCGUUUAAAAACAACAAAUGUAGCAACCAAAGGUACAAUGAAGAUAUCUUCCCUGUCAAGCAGCCUAAACUCUCAACAUUUGGCUUACCCACAACAAGGGCUAAAUUCUCAGAAUGAUGGUGUACAACAAAGUAACCAAGGAAACACUAGCAUCACUUUCCCUACUACUUUAAAACGUAAACAUGAAGAUGAGGAAGAUUACGAUAUUUAAAGCAGUCAGGUUUUUUUGCAUGGAUUAAAAGGAUUUCUUCUUCUCUAAGUUAGCUUCUAAGCUAGAAUAUAUAAACGAUUUAUUUUUCAAGCUUUUAAGCUUAUGAAUUGCAUCGAAAAUCAGUAAAAACAAUAUUUUAAACAUUUCAGAUUUAUUUCUACAUGAAAUAAAUAAAACAUUGACAUUUGUA